AUGGCCUAUUCAGCCCACUGUAUUAUUUUUCUAGGCCUGUGUCUACUUUCUGGAAUCAAAUGUUCAAAAGUAGUACUGGAAAACAAUGGAUACAAAAAUCUUGUUAUUGCAAUUAAUCCGGAGGUUCCAGAGAACAGUUUCAUUUUGACAAGAACUGAGGAAAUGGUAUGAGGAGCGUCUAAAUACUUGUUCACAGCAAGCGCAAAGAGAUUUUAUUUCAAAGAUGUUAAAAUCCUAAUUCCAGCCAACUGGGAAACACAUCCUAAUUAUGACAGACCAAUGACGGAAUCGUAUUCCGAGGCCGAUGUGAUCAUUGCUGCCCCUUACAUGAACUAUGGCAAUGACCCCUAUACCCUGCAGUAUGGAGGGUGUGGUGAAGCGGGGAGAUACAUUCAUCUGACACCAGACUUUUUGAUUGAUGAUAAGUUUCUUCGUAUCUAUGGACCAAGAGAAAGAGUGCUUGUUCACGAAUGGGCCCACCUCCGUUGGGGCGUUUAUGAUGAGUACAAUGAGGACAAACCAUUCUACUUUGCCUCAGAUAAAAGCUUUGAGGCUACAAGGUGCUCUGUAGAUAUAACUGGCGUCAUGGCAGAAUGCAAAGAUCCACAGUGUUCUGCAAUCAAACCCUGUGAAAUAGACAAAGUUACAGGAUCACCAACUGAAAAGUGCAAAUUUUUUCCAGACAAAAAACAGAGGACUACAUCCUCAAUUAUGUUUGUCCAAGGGCUUAAUGUGAUCACUGAGUUUUGCAACCAGAACACCCACAAUGCUGAGGCUCCCAAUAUGCAGAACAAGAUGUGCAAGUCUAAGAGUGUUUGGGAGGUGAUUGAACAGUCCAAAGACUUCAAAGCCAGUGUGCCCAUGAAUGAGAAUGCUCCCCCACCGACCACUUUUACUUACCUUCAAGGAGGAGACCGAGUCAUCUGUCUAGUUCUGGAUGUAUCUUCAAAUAUGAAGAUUUCCCAAAGAAAGGAAAGGCUCCGACAGGCAGCAGAGCUCUUCAUUCUUCAGUUCAUUGAAACAGGUUCCUUCCUUGGAAUUGUGCAGUUUAAUUCUAAAGGAAAAAUUCUUCAAGAGUUAACUCAUAUUGAGGAUGAUAAUUUUCGAAUAACCCUUGCAAAUCGUCUACCCAAUCUUGCAGAAGGUGGAUUAAACAUCUGUGAAGGAAUCAGGACAGCAUUUAGGGUCUUCAGGAAUUUUGACCAAAUGACAUAUGGUGAUGAGAUAGUAUUGGCAACAGUGAAGAGAAUUAUAGAUGCGUGGAAUAAGUCACCAAGCAGUAUGGUAGACAGAGGCUUACAGCUUUCAGCAACUGAUAGUCCUGACUCCAAUGGGCUCAUAGAUGCAUUUGCUGCAAUUUGUUCAACAGGUGGACAUUUUUUCAAUCAGACUAUUCAGCUUGAAAUUGCUGGAAAGAAAACUCAAGGCAAAGACUGGCUAAAUGGAACUGUGUCCGUUGACAGAACUAUUGGGAAUGAUACCGUUUUUGUGGUGACGUGGGAGACAAUGGCUACACCUGCUAUUUAUGUAUUCAGCCCAAGUGGACAAGACUACAGUGCUGAUUUUGUAGUAGAUAUGGCCUUAAAAGAAUCUCAUUUGAAAAUCCCAGGGACAGCAGAGACACUGACUAUGACGGUGACAUCUCGUGCAGGAAGUUCAAGUCAGCCUUCAGUGACUGUUAACGCUUACAUGAAUAAAGACAGUACUAAUGCACAAAGUCCAUUUAAAGUGUAUGCCGAAGUGAGCAAAGGAUAUUUACCAGUCUUGGGAGCAAAAGUCACAGCAUCCAUUGAAAGUGAUACAAAUAAAGAAGAGUUUCAGCUAUUGGAUAAUGGUGCAGGUGCAGAUAUCAUCAAGAAUGAUGGUGUUUAUUCUGGCUACUUUUUUAAAUUCAGUGGCAAUGGUAGAUACAGCCUAAAAGUGAAAGCCCAAGGAAUUGAAAAAGUGACAAGGCUGUCUUUCCGAAAGGGGGCCCGUGCCUAUUACAUUCCUGGAUACCAUGAAAACGGUUAUAUUUUCCCGAACCCACAGAAACCCCCUGUAUCUGAAGAAGACCAUCAAAGUGAUUUAGGAAGCUUCACCAGAACCACCAGUGGAGGUGUCCUGGUGGUGACAGGCAUGAUUGGCUUACAAUCUCCUAGCUUCCCACCUUGCCAAAUAACAGAUCUGGAUGCAAAUAUUGAAGGUGAACAGGUCUCUCUGUCCUGGACAGCACCUGGAGAACACGUGGACCAAGGGACAGCCUCAAAUUAUGAAAUAAGAAUGAGUGCAAGUCACAAGGAACUGAAAGAUCACUUUGAAAAUGCCAUACUUAUAAAUACGUCCGGCCUUGUGCCACAAGAAGCAGGCAAAAGAGAAUAUUUUACUUUUAAACCUGAAGGAAUUGUCUUAAAAAAUGGAACAAUAGUUUAUUUUGCUGCAAGGGCUGCUGACACCUUCUCCUUCAAGGCAGACAUUUCCAACAUUGCCCAGGCAACAAUUAUGUUUCCUUACAUUCCUGCAGUGCCUGUGGACCCAGAGUCAACUAUCGAUAUUACAAGUCUUGCUUUGAUUACAGUGGUCUCAAUUAUUGGCAUCUGCAUUAUUGCAGGCGUUAGCAUGUGUAUUGCAAAGAGGAAACAAAGAAAAAGAAGAAGAACAGCUCCAGCCGCAUGA